AAGAAGAAUCGUCGCUGUGCUAUGCAAAGUAAGAAAAACCAACGAUUUUGCGCAGAGCAUUUGAAACUUGAGGCUUCUGAAGGAGUGACUGAUAACAAAGACAACAUAGACGCCCGUGUGCCUUGCCCUUUAGAUCCCAAACAUACAGUGAAACAAAGAGACCUCAAAACGCAUUUACAGAAAUGUAAUGCUCGCCCGGCCGAGUCCCCGGAACCGUGGUAUAACAAGGAUAUCAAUGCUGAACUCCACCUGUCAAAAGAGGGCCAAGAAACAAAAAACACUGGGCUGGACUUGAGUCUAAAUUCCGAGAAUGAACCUGCUCUCUUCAGAAAGUUGUUCGGUGUCCUUGAAACUUACAACAGGAAGGUACCAAGCCUAGAGUCGAAAAUUCAAAAGCACGCAGGCCUUGAUAGCUGGCUUUCGAAAAAAGAGAACAAAAAACAUAUUGUACAGCAAGCUUCACUCAUAGGGGCCAUGAAGGAGACAGAUCUCCUUUCAAGAAAGAACGUGUAUGUAGAGUUUGGUUGUGGAAAAGCCGAGCUCUCGCGGACCGUCAAUGCCUGCGUGAUUUUUGACACAGUUCUUGAAAAGAAGGAAGUGGGGGCGGAUCAGCAUGACCUAAAAAAUAAUCUGAUCUAUGGGUUUGGGCUCAUUGACCGUGGUGUCAAUCGUAUGAAGAUGGACAACAAGAUUGUGAGCGACUGCGAGGGUUCUCAGCUUCACCCCCAGAUCAAGCGCUCUAGAAUCGAUAUUCAGCACUUGGAUCUUGAUAAGUUCAUGGAGUACAUGCAGCACCUGUCUAUUGUUGCCAUUUCCAAGCACUUGUGUGGGGCGGCCACAGACUUGACGUUGAAGCUGAUCUUGAACUCGAAGAAAAGCAGAGACGCACUAGACGGGGUUGUCGUAGCCAUGUGCUGUAGGCACGUUUGUGACUAUGGACAGUUUCUCCCACAGUCCCGGGAUUUUUUGGCCAAAAAUGGAGUUGUGGGCGCCCGCGAGUUCCUGGUUUUGAAGAAAAUAGUCACUUGGGCGGUCUGUGGAAAAAGAGAAGGCCAGGAAGAUAAGCAUGAGUCCGGAUAUACCUAUGAAGAGAGAGAAAGGUUGGGCUUGAUUGCAAGGAGAAUGAUUGACGAUAGUCGCGUGGAUGCAAUCAACAGUUUGAUGGAAAACAAUAAGGCAGAAUUGUUUCUUUACGCAGACAAGGAGUCGACGUUAGAAAACCAUUGCUUGAGAGUG